AUGGCUGAUAUUGGGUAUACUUUGAUUUACGAGCCAAACGUGGCUACUAAAACGUCAGUCAGUGAGUUUCGUUCAUUGUUGGAAAAAGGCAAGGAUGAGACGAAGAUUGAUGCGAUGAAGCGUAUCUUGAUCACUAUUCUCAACGGGGAUCCACUUCCGGAUCUAUUAAUGCAUAUUAUAAGAUUCGUUAUGCCCUCAAAAAAUAAGGAAUUGAAAAAGCUAUUAUAUUUCUACUGGGAAGUAUGUCCGAAAUUGGACAGCAAUGGAAAAAUGAGACAAGAAAUGAUUCUUGUGUGUAACGCUAUUCAAAGAGAUUUGCAGCAUCCGAAUGAAUAUGUUCGAGGAAAUACUCUUCGGUUUUUAUGCAAAUUGAAAGAACCAGACUUAUUAGAGACUUUGGUACCCAAUGUUCGACAAUGUCUUGAACACCGUCAUGCAUAUGUUAGAAAGAAUGCGGUGUUUGCUGUUUAUUGCAUACAUAAACUAUCUGAGCAUUUAGUGCCGGAUGCAGAUGAAUUGAUUUACAAAUUUUUAUACGAGGAAACUGAUUCAGUCUGCAAAAGAAACGCCUUUGUAUCACUAGGUGACUUGAAUAGGGAUGCGGCAUUGCACUAUGUUCAGGACAAUAUUACUGUUUUAGAAACGUUGGAUUCAUUAAUUCAAUUAGCUUUCAUUGAGUUCAUUAGGCAAGAUUCAUACAAAAACCCUUCAUUAAAGCCUAAAUACACCCAGUUGAUCACAGACAUCAUCGAAAGUUCAUCAAAUGUUGUUGUUUAUGAAGCAGCAACGACACUUACAGUGUUGUCAUCUAAUACACAAUCCAUUUUACUAGCCGGUAGUAAAUUUGUGGAAUUAGCUACAAAGGAGGCUGAUAAUAAUGUGAAGAUCAUUACUUUAGAAAGAAUCAAUGAGCUCAAUAAGAAGAAUCCUGGAGUAUUGCAAGAUUUGUCUUUAGACAUCUUGAGGGUAUUAUCUUCACAGGAUUUAGAUGUGAAGAAGAAGGCGCUUGACGUUACUUUACAAUUCAUUACUAGCAGAAAUGUUGAAGAUGUUGUUAAAUUAUUGAAAAAGGAGUUGCAAAGAACCUCUUCACUGAAUGAAGAUAAAACAUCUGAGUACAGGCAAUUGUUGAUCAAUUCAAUCCAUCAGCUAGCAAUCAAAUUUGUUGAAGUUGCGGCUAAUGUUGUAGACUUAUUGCUUGACUCCAUUAGUGAUUUGAAUACUAGUGCUUCGUAUGAAGUUAUCACUUUUGUCAAAGAGGUAGUUGAAAAAUUUCCUGAUUUAAGGAUUCCUCUUUUAAGCAGAUUAAUUUCAGCUUUGCCAGAUGUAAAGAGCGGUAAAGUCUUUCGAGGAUCUCUUUGGAUUAUUGGGGAAUAUUGUUUGGAAGAAAAAUUGAUCCAGGAGUCUUGGAAAUAUAUCAGGUCAAGCGUAGGUGAGGUACCUAUUAUCGCUAGCGAAAAAAAAGCUAUGGAAGAAACUGAUAGUGGAGAACUGAAUGGAACAAGUGAAGUGGCUACUAAAAAGGGACCGACUAUCUUGCCAGAUGGCACGUAUGCGACUGAAAAUGCUUUAACUACAGAGGUACAGGAGAUCGAUAAUCAAGAGAAACCACCUAUUAGGAAGCUCAUCUUGUCUGGUGACUUUUAUUUGGGAGCUGUUUUGUCUUCCACCUUGGUAAAGCUUGUAUUGCGGUUGGAACGUCUCAAUACACAAGUAAGUCUUUUGAAUGCUCUCAAAGCUGAAGCCUUACUAAUCAUGGUUUCCAUCUUAAGAGUUGGAAAUAGUCCUUUCGUGACGAAAAAGAUUGAUGAGGAUUCUGGAGACAGAAUAUUUUCUUGCAUAAAAUUUUUGACAGACGAUGAAGAUGCAAAGCUCAUCCAAUCUGGAUUCUUAGAUGAUACCAGGGAUGCUUUUAAAGCACAAAUUGCAACUGCUGAAGAAAAAAGGGCAGAAGCUGCUGCGAGAGACUUCCAUGAGAACGCUGAACAAGUUGAUGAUUCUAUUGUCUUUAGACAGUUUGACAAAGAUAGAACAGCCGCUGUCUCUAAAAAUGAUGAUCUUUCUUUAGCAACAGGAAGCGAUUUGAAGAAAGAGGAUCUCUCUUCAAGAUUAAACAAAAUUUUACAACUUACAGGUUUUUCAGACCCGAUCUAUGCAGAAGCUUAUGUCAAGGUUCACCAAUUUGAUGUUGUGUUGGAUGUUUUAUUAGUGAACCAAACAACUAACACAUUACGUAACCUUUCUGUUGAAUUUGCAACUUUGGGUGACUUGAAGGUUGUCGAUAAGCCUACUACUGCAAACAUAGGACCACACGGAUUUUAUAAAAUUCAAACAACUGUGAAAGUUACUUCAGCCGAUACAGGAGUCAUUUUUGGGAAUAUUGUAUAUGAUGGUCAACACUCAGAUGAAUCAACAAUCGUGAUAUUAAAUGAUGUUCAUGUCGACAUAAUGGACUAUAUAAAGCCAGCCUCAUGUACGGAAGCUCAAUUCCGUAAGAUGUGGAAUGAAUUUGAAUGGGAAAACAAAAUCACUAUUAAAUCACAAAUGGCGUCUUUGAAAGAAUAUCUAGAGGAACUUAUGCAAGGAACAAACAUGAACUGCUUGACUCCUGGGGCAGUUAUUGGAGAGGAAUGUCAGUUUUUGUCCGCGAACUUGUAUUCUAGAUCAUCAUUUGGUGAAGAUGCCUUGGCCAAUUUGUGUAUUGAGAAGCAAGAUGAUGGUCCUAUAAUAGGUCAUGUGAGAAUAAGAUCUAAAGGACAAGGCUUGGCAUUAUCUCUAGGUGACAGAGUCGCUUCUAUUUCUAGGAAGGCAAGGAACGUAGAGAUUAAGAACGUAUAG